AUGGGGGUCAAAAGUCUGACCUACGUGGAGGUCGAAGAGCUUGUUUACGGGAUCAGCAGUUUCGUCACCCCCGUCGUCAUCCGCUCGUGGGAGUCUUUCGGCGGGUUGCCAGGUCAUCCAGGAGGCCCGACGACUUUCCGUCAACACCGGCAACACCGCGACCGCCUUCAUCUGAUUCAGCUUCCGGACGGGAUCAAUUUGGCGUCGACUGUGAGAACACAACUACCUGUUCCGGAGCAGGAAGAUGGAGGAGUCGGGUCGAAUCAAUGUCACCAUGACCGCGGGAGAGAUUUUAAGACCGUCUUCUUGCGUCACUUCUCUAGUAGCAGGAAGUACCAGAAAACAGAUCAUUGCCUCUUCGCCCUUAAGCAGGGGUCAGCCGAACCCCUACGGAGCUAUAUCAAGCGAUUCAAUCAAGUAGCUCAGGACGUUUCAUCAGCCACUUCGGAGAUACUGAUGAGCGCCUUCUAUCACGGACUGGCAGAGGGGGAGUUCUUCCGGGAUCUUAUUCGAGAUCCAGUUAAGAAUUUUGAUAGCAUGCUGGAAAGAGCGGCCAGUUAUAUUAACGUGGAGGAGGCCCAAGCUGUUCGAAGGAAGGCAGACCGGACGCCUGCCGCUGUUAACAAACCGGAGAGGCGAACACCUCAACAAUCAGCCCAACCCCUUCCCCGAGCGCGGGAAGUCAGGCCUCUCUUUCAGCUCGGUCAGGAAAUUAGACCGGCACCACAAGUCUCGGCAGUUCAUGCCUCCCAACUUGGACCAUGGAACUCCCGGUACUGCACCUAUCAUCGAUCUCGUACUCACGAUAUUAACCAUUGCUUUCAGUUCGCUCGAGAUUCUAGGCGAGCUGCUGAGCUAGGGUUACCGCCUCCUGAGUUAGCUCCUCAAAUACUCAAAAUGAUGGAGGAGCAGCGCGCCGCAGCCGGGUCAGGAGGUCGACCCCACCCCGACCCAGCGGGAUCCAAUGCCCAGCAACCCGGUCGGGUUGGGGAACCAGGAGAAGAUCGGGAAGCCAAAAAUCGCAGCAAUGCGGUCGUUCGAGAGAUAGCCAUGAUCUCCGGAGGCCCAACUAAUGGAGAUUCGGGGAGAGCGCGCAAGUGCCAUGUGCAUCGCUUGGAGGUCCACACCGUCGGAUGCAGACAGGAGCAGGCUGUUAGCCCUUUCAUCAGCUUCGGACCGCAAGACCUGGAAGGUCUGGAGCUGCCUCAUGACGACGCUCUUAUCAUUAAGGCCAUUAUUGCCAACAGCUGA